GUUAGGCAUGGAGUGGCUAUGCAUCCUGAAGGAUACUGCUUUUUUACCCUGUUAGCCUCAAUUGGCCUAAUUCCUUGUACUUCAAUCUUCUGGUGUUGUGCAAUAUUUGUGCUAUUGGUUCACCAUAUAUAUUAUAUAUGUCGACGAGCCAUCAUCGGUUUUGCAGGAUGGAACUCGAAGCACAUCGGCUGGAUACGAUCCAAGACUUCGUCCGCAAUUUCUCGUAAAUUUGAGUCUAUUGAGGAUAUACGUUACAUGGACACAACUCACCCUUCUCCAGGGCGAGUAAUCGAGAUGCUUAGCCAAGAUACAGUGAUGGAUAGAGCACUCGAAAUAUACGAGCAAGUUCAGGCCGGUCACGAGAUUCCGAGUUUUAUCGAACAAAGAAAAAUACGAGUUUUCACUGUCCGCGAGCCUGCUCCUCCGCCCGACCAACCUCUGCGCAGGCCCUUCCGGCGACCAACCCCAGCAGCGACACCACAAGCAGCCGCAACACCACUGCCGCAACUCCUCCUCACCGGUGAACCGAUGCCCUCCGCCACGAACAACAGCAGGUCCCGACGACCCUCCGCCGUCGCUGCCAGUAACCCACCGGCGAGCUAUCCACGUGUAAGGAUUCCGUCGAACCCUGCCAUCGUGAGCAGCAACCGUGCUGCCCUCCGAUGA